CGGGACUAUCCAAGAAGUGCUGUCCAUCUAUGUUGAUACAGAACUAAAAACUGGACUAACUGUGUCUACUUGCGUGUCUUUUCGCAUGGACUAAUUUUUUAAAUCGAGGACAAAGUUUUUUCAGCUUGGAGAAAUAGUUAAACUGCACACAAGUUUACCAUCUCGGAAAAACUGUCUCGAUUCCAGGACUGGACAAAGUAAAGGUUGAUAUGCCACAUCAGUGAUGGAGCCCAUGACGGUGACGACGUCAGUGGUCGGGCCGGAGGAGUUCGACCGGAAUGCUCCCCGGAUCUGUGGAGUUUGUGGGGACAAGGCCACAGGAUUCCACUUCAAUGCUAUGACCUGCGAGGGUUGCAAGGGCUUCUUCAGACGCAGUAUGAAGCGCAAAGCCAACUUCACGUGUCCAUUCAAUGGGAGCUGCACCAUCACCAAGGACAACCGUCGCCACUGUCAGGCUUGCCGCCUCAAACGCUGCAUCGACAUCGGCAUGAUGAAAGAAUUUAUCCUGACAGACGAGGAGGUGCAGAGAAAGAAGGAGAUGAUUAUGAAGAGGAAGGAGGAAGAGGCGGCUCGGGAGGCCAUGAAGCCUAGACUGAACGACGAGCAGGCACGCAUCAUCUCCUCUCUGGUGGAGGCGCAUCACAAGACCUACGACGCCUCCUACUCAGACUUCUCAAGGUUUAGGCCUCCGGUCCGUGAAGGCCCAGUGACUCGCAGUGCCAGCAGAGCCGCCUCCCUUCACUCACUGUCUGACGCAUCCUCCGAUUCAUUCAACCAUUCACCUGAGUCUGUGGACAGUAAGAUGAACUUCAGUAACCUGCUGAUGAUGUACCAGGAUGGUGCCAGCAGUCCAGACUCCAGUGAGGAUGACACAAAGCUCUCAAUGCUGCCCCAUCUGGCUGACCUGGUGUCCUACAGCAUCCAGAAGGUCAUUGGAUUUGCCAAGAUGAUCCCAGGAUUCAGAGAUCUGACUCCUGAGGACCAGAUCGCUUUGUUGAAGUCCAGUGCCAUAGAGAUCAUCAUGCUGCGCUCCAACCAGUCCUUCAGCCUGGAGGAUAUGUCCUGGAGCUGUGGAGGCCCCGACUUCAAAUACUGCAUCAAUGACGUUACUAAAGCGGGCCACACUCUGGAGCUGCUGGAGCCUCUGGUGAAGUUCCAGGUGGGUCUGAAGAAGCUGAACCUUCACGAGGAGGAACACGUGCUGCUGAUGGCCAUCUGUCUGCUCUCCCCAGACCGCCCCGGAGUGCAGGACCACGCCCGUGUGGAGCAGCUGCAGGACAGGCUGUCUGAUGCUCUGCAGGCCUACAUACGAGUCAACCACCCCGGAGGACGCCUGCUCUACGCCAAGAUGAUCCAGAAGCUAGCCGACCUACGCAGCCUGAACGAGGAGCACUCCAAGCAGUACCGCUCACUGUCCUUCCAGCCGGAGCACAGCAUGCAGCUCACCCCGCUGGUCCUGGAGGUGUUCGGGAGCGAAGUGUCCUAGCUCAGGCUCCUCCAAUCCACACACCCUACCUGGACAUUACAGAAUGGAUAACUCAACACUCAACAGCCUUCUCCACCACCAAAACCGGCAAAUGUAGGAGAAAUGUGGAUCACCGUACAGGCUUGUACAGGCCCUUAUAACCUCCUCCUCUGAACUCACCGCUGGAAUUAGCUCGGACACACUGCAAAAAUAUUGCAGUUAUUAUUCUUAUACCAACAUUAACCUUGUGGCUAGCAUCAACUACCCUAAUCUCUCCCCAAAGAUUGUCUUGCCCCACUUACCCUGGACAUAUGUGUUCCUUUUGUUUUGUGUCCACCUGUCUUUCCAUCCUCACGGCAUCCCCAGGAUAGAGAGGAUUGGCUAAGCAUAUCUUAAAACAACUAGUAAGCUAGAGCUUAAUGCUAGCUGCAUUGCUAAAAUUAGCCUCCUACACACUAUAUAUCAUUAAUCAUUGAUAUUUUAUUCAGUAUUUCAAAGGCCAGGGCUUAUACAUACUUGGGUGAGAUUGAUAUUUUGUUUUAUUGUUUUUGAGAAAAUCAGAUGGCCAGAUAAGAAAGUGCAAAGAAGAGCAUCUCAGAGUCGUGAAGAGAAUUACCAGAAAUGAGUAGAGGAGGUGGGACAUUACUACAGGUGGAGUUCCCUUUUUCAAAUCAAAAGGGAGUCUUCAUGAACUAGAAUGUAUGUAUAAUGCUAUAUAUAACAAUAAGCUGAAAUAUCUUUAUAGAACUAUAUUUAAGAGAAUGAAUCAUGGUGGCUUCUGUUGAAGCACAGUAAUGAGUGUUGCUUGACAUAGAGGAUCUGAAGGCCCCACCUCUAUCAUGUGUUGAAGACAAAUAUGUGCAGAGGAACGGAGUGUGCCAGGAGUCUAUUUUUGUGAUGUGUACAGUGUAUGAGAGUAUUGAUGGACCACAAGGGGGCGCUGCCAGGUUUUGAACAGGGGAGCACAUGCACUGUCUGCUCUUUGGACCUGUGAAGUCUGACGACUGACUUAUAACGCCAUGUUUUCGGGAAUAAUCCAAAAUAUUUGUCGGAAUAGUUUAGACUGCUGCUAAGACCGUCAGUGCAGUUACACAUGUGGAGGAAAUUGACCCACUGCCUGAGACAGACUUACUCUUGAGUUUGGAUUGGCAGUAGAUUCACUUUCAUAUCUUUGGACUAGGACAGAUUUAAAUACAUAAUUACAUAAAUUAGAAAAAUACAUAUUUUCAAACCACUGCUUUAAAGAGCUAGUGUAGCAAUGUAAGUAAUCUUUUCAUAUCUGAUGUUGAUUAUGUAGCCCUUAACCACAUGAUCACAUAGGGAAUUGUACUACAGUAGCUUUAGGGUAAAAGUAUGCGCCAUAGCUAAAUCCAGCUGUCCCAUAGUCUGAAAUAGCCAUGCAUGUAACUGUACUGAGUGGAGCUAGAUAGUUGGAGCCAAGCCAACUAGCUGCUGUUGCCUCAGGGAAUAGUUUGUCUGGUGAUCGCGUGUAUCAGUGUUUACGUGUGUGUGUGGCGUAAGCUUACAAUCAAAUCUGACAGAGAUUGUUUUCAAACCUCUACAUCACUGUGAUAUAAUCCUAAAAUAUAACAGUACAACUAAGCUAAAGGGACUUUAUAUAAAUUACCCAUUCUCCAUUCCUGUUUCAUUUUUUUAUUCAAAUGAUUAUAAUCUCCAAAACUGACACCUUAAGUCACAUGAGUAUUUAAUUAGCCUUAAGAAAACAUGAUAUAGAGAUGGUAGCAAUAGCAUAUAACAUGUAUACUAUAUUAGUGGGAAUUUUUGAAGCGGGGGCAAUAGUAUGGGAGUUGUUUCAUAUACAAAUGGUCACAUCUGUUGUCUGUACACCAGCCACAUAAGCGAGGUUUUGGAUGUUGUUGGGACAUCACUACAUAUCAUAUCUCAUUCUCUGGACACAGUGCAUGCUCGCCCUUCAAACAGGCCUGGAGCCCCCCCUUGUGGACAAACUCUGUAAAUACCACUUUGCUAUAGGUUUGUACAUAGUUAGAGAUUAAUGUAGGCUAAAAUACUAAGACUUCAGUUGAUGACAUGCUCUGGUCGUACAGCACUAUAUGCAACUAGGAGAUGCCUUUUCUGUUUUACUCAGAAUGAAUGGACUGAAGGAGUGUGCUCUGGUCUAUUUUUUAUUUAGACAUGAACAGAGCAUGUGAAUACACUUGAGCUGGGACUUGGUGAGCUUUUUUCAAAUUGGAUUCAUUUGGGGCUGAUGCUGUCACCAAUUUGACUUUAAAACAUACCAGGCUGAGGAACUGGUCAUGUCCAUGUAAACAAAGAAAGGACAAUAUUGGUAAUUAAUCAGUUACAUCGGUAAUUAAUGAAAAUGACUUUAUUAUUAUGUUUUAAUAUUUCAACGUUUAGCACUUAUAUGAUACAUUUCUAAAUGUAUGGUACUACUUUUUGGCAAGGCCAAAUAACUAGAAAUUUUGGCCCAGUGAUUAUUGUGAUGCGUGGACAUAUAAUACAGUAAAUCAGAGCACUUGGAAAGUGGUAGGAGGAAAAAAGACCUUGGAAUAGGACAUGAAGGAAGGGCUUCACUAUUAAAAUGAAUACCAAGAUGUUUGGGUUUAGAUCUAUAUACCUAACAUAAUAUUUAUAAGCUAAAGAGUAAGUCCUCUAAACCAGUCACUGGUAGCUUCUCUCACAUGACAUUCCCAUUGGUGGUUUAAGCAUUCCGUCUGCCUGGGCUUUAACUCAAGUGUGUCCCUAUUGGUUGUAUCACAUGACAAGGGCCACCCUUCUGUCCAUUCCCAGCUUAUGGAUGUACGGCUUUCUUCUUUUUCAUGUCAAUCAAUAAGCUCUGGACAAUUAUAUAGAAAAUCCAUAUUUUUCAAUUGUGUUUUCCCUCAAGAUUGUUCUGUUAUUAGAGUUUGCUGUCUUACUAUGCUUGCGCUGAGACGUUUUCUAAUGAAGCAGAGAUGAGCAGUGGACCUUGGAGACUUUGCUCCAGCCCCACUCGGAUAGUUUCACCCGGAUUCUUCUGAGAUUGUUAUGGGACACUUUGGAGGAGAGUUUUGGACGGUCUCCAGCUGUGCAACUAUGAAGCUAUGUCCGACACAAUCAAACAAACUAACACUGCCUAUAUUGACUCGUAUAGCAACAGCAUGUGCGUGCCUAUUUGACCAUUGACCAUCUAACCACCUCUUUGUUCUGCAAUAGCAAUGUACAGCAGGAUUCAUAGCUUUAACUUCAACAGCUCUGCUUUUCUGGAAUCGACCGUGGCACACCAAGGGCUGACGGGAUCGGAUUGGACUUAAGCCGCUGGAAACUGUGAAGUAGUCAAAAGCAGGAAUGGAUUUUCAGAAACAAUAUUUUGGACUCCAGAAAGCAUAAUGUAUGUUCUGUAAGUCUGUACAGAGUUUUUUGUUUUUGUUUUCAAAAAGGACACGUUGCCACAGGCGGAUGUAGAGCGCAGAGACUGACAAAAAAUAUCGCCUCCUAAAACCCAAAGUGUAUCGUUGUCACCAUCAUACAUCGCAGCUCCUAUGGUUCUGUUUUAUCAAAACAUUGUUAGAUUAGCAAGUGGACUUUCAAACAGCAUCUACAACUCCUGUUUGAUCAAAUGGAAGCAGGGCGGAGACAGGGGACACUGAAUGGAGUUUUAUGGGUUUGUAUUUCGCAUCAUAUGUAAAAGGAGAAGUACGUAUGAGAUAUGUUGCCUACACUGGAGUGAGAAAGCAGUAUUUUGGUUUCAAAAACAGAAUUUAGAAUAUUCCUUAAAACCAAAUGACCCAAUUGCAUUGCACUUUCCCAUUGAUGUAUUUUAGAAGCAUCAACAUAGACCCUGUGUUUUGAGGCUAGUUAUAAUUUGUAUCAAAUUACAAAGUUAUUUUUAUACUUUCUUGAAGAGAGUUUCAGAAGUGUAGCCAUAAUGAUACGUGGGACAUUAAUAUGUGGCAUAUAUAUGUGGCAAAAGCAUUAUCUGAUUCUAUAUGUUAUUUAUAAGUAUUACUUACUUAUUGUAUUGAUGUACCACAAAAUAUAGAUUUUUUUAUUAUAAAAUGAGUUUAGUAAGAGUAUAUCUGGAAUUUCAGAUAUAAAUAUAAGGGCUGAAAGUGGUUUUGUACACAACUUGAAUUUAGUACAAAUGCCACCAAAUAAAAUUCACUCGUCUGGUCAAGGUGCACUAUGGAACUUUUCUGGUGGGGUCCACAACCUUUUUGUCUCAUUGCAUUGAUUGUUAUUGCUUUGCCUCAAAUGUUCCACUGUAUGGCAAUUAACCUGCCUGCAUUCUUACUGUGAGCUGGAUCGCUUCUCCACAGAUCUGACCUGUAACUUGGUGCAGUUGCCUUUUCUUGUCUCUUGCUGAGUUGAAUGCUACACUGUGUAACAUUCUGGCCAAAGCGCAAACAUUCCCAUGGAGACAAAGCAGUGACGGACCCUCUACUAGGAAAGUUACAUAGUGCACCUUGAAACCAUGAAUUCCAUCCAAUUCCAAAAAUGUUAAUAUAUGUAGUAUUACACAAUCUGAAUCCUGUUAAUCUUUAUCAACAAGACUGGGUGAAUGAACCACAAUGAAGAAAAAAAACCUAAUCUUACAUACUCUCUUACUUCUCCUUUGGAAUGCUCAUUUUUACAGUAUUAUCAAUGUUGUGAUGAUGUAACCCUUUAAACCCACUUUCGGUUUCCCCUGCACCGCCUUGCCAUCAACCCAGGUCAGCAGCUCCACCUCAGUAGCCUUAUUACAAAAACCUCACUCAGCUGGAAUCAAAUACCUCAUUUACAGUAUGUACAAUAGCCUUCAAGGGAACCAAACAUAAAGUCAAUACGCAGACACUCGCAUACAUAUACUGACGAAACCUUUGCAGUGUUGAUUUUAGCUCAAACUACAUUUCAGUUACCAUCAGAGCGGUGUGUGUGUGUUUCAAUGUUAACUUCUGCUUUACUCACUCGCUCCUCCUCUCUGCCUCAUUUCUUAAACUGUAUUCAACUCGGCGCUGCAGUUACCCCAACAUACUACCUCUCCCUCAGCACAUACUCAAGACAGUAUAAACAUAUAUUUUUUUGUUGCAGCUUGAUUGUUAAAUAGGAUACAGUUGGUUAUAUAUUUUAACACUAUUUUUGUCAUUUAUGUACAGUUUUAACUCUUUGAUUCUUUCUUCGGAUGCUGGACAAUUUUACCUCAACUCUGGGUUAGCAUAACAAUUAGCCAUCGCUAGGAUUGUCAUAACAGAAGUGUGGACUAGACGUGGUUGAAGAAAAAAACACAUUUGGGAUUUUGAGUAUAAUGUUAAUAUUUUGCUGAAGAAAUGGGCUGCAUAUUUCUUGCUGCUAUUUUCUAUAGAUACCAUUAGGUUAAUGUAAAAGUAUGUCUUGAAUUUUAGCAGUGUUGCUAGCUGCUUAAGUUGAAAGUAGAAAUUACAGUGAAAAUUCUAGACUGAUUUCAUUUAGGGCUGCACAAUACUGGCAAAGAUAUGAUAUUCAACAACAAUGUUUUGUGUUGAUAAAAUAAUAGUAGUACUAUAUUUUAAUAUAUAGUUGUUGUUGUUUUUUUUUUUGUUUUUUUUUAAAUAAUAAUCUUGGUUAAAUUAAAACAAAAAUCAGUUAAUGUACAGAGACAGAAUAUACUAAGUCCAAAACAAGGCUAAAAUUGGACCUAAUAAGGAAAAUAAGGAAAUCUUGAAUAAUUUUUUUUUUUUAUGUUUUAAGAAAACUUUAAACUUUGUGUUGCUGUAAAUCUUCUUGCAUAGUCAAUACUGUGAUAUAUUGUGCAGCCUUAAACAUAUGCCUUAAAUAUAUUGUAGGCUUUUUCAAACCAGUAGGUUAAUAUUAGAAUGGGCUAAUUCACAAAUGUUGGGCCUAUGUAAAGUUCUCUGACCCUCUGUCCACACUUCAGGGCAAAACUAGACACAAAUGUAACUGACUAUUUCUUUUGAAAUUCAACAAUGCCUACAUAAGGAUUAGCCACAACAUAGUAACUGUUUCACACUUGCCUUUGUACCAUCUCACCUUUCUGUCUGACAGGACUCAUAACAUUGGGAUCCCAGCUUACAUUCUAAACGUACGUGUAAUGUUGUUUGUCCUCUAAAUCCCACAUGCUUCUGCAUUCUUCUAUUUCUCCUUUUCUUUGCUGCAUUUAUGUUCACGAUUCUUCAGAUAUGUGUGCUAUAGCAACAACACAGCUAGCCUUCUGACAUGUUUUACUAUAAUAUAUCUUCAUACUUUCAUGUGGCUGCCAUGCUUUUGAUGCUUUUCUGUUUUAGAUAAAGUCAGUGGGCUGUUAUGCAUAAUGCAGAUAUGCAGGCUGACGUGUGGAGUCAGCAGGUGCAGUAGAGAUGCAUCAAUACAUUAGUAAAACCUUCCACUACUAUCACAUUUUUUGCAAUUAGCUGUUAAAUCUUGCAACUUAAAGCAAGGGGUUCAUUCAUCUUUCUGAUUGGAUUUAGUGGCUUAAGAAUGAAAUCAAAAAAGGCAGAAAGGUUUCAAGGGUCAUCUGGGCACAGGUUUGGACACAGUUUUUGUAAUCAUAGGCAGGGCAGUUUCAGUUGAAAACUCGUCUUGAGGGUAGAACCUGUAUAGCUUAGUGCAUUAUAAAUCCUAGUGUCACAGACCAGUCCUAUACAAAGUCAACAAAGGAGUUGAACGCUUUGAUUUAAAAAAAAAAAAAAAAAAAAAAAGUGAAAAGAUGAAUAGAUGAAUACCUUUGAAACCUCUACCUUGGACCACCACCAUGUAAAUAAAACAUAUUCUUUAAACGUAAGGCAAUGUCAUUUGUCAGCCGCCUUGUGAUUGGCUCCAGGUGAAUUUAAAAAUGCACUAUGUAACUUUUCUGGAGAAAGGACAACCACCAGUUUGUCUUCAUCUACAUUGCCUCUAAAUGUUCCUCUGUAGCACUGUAUUAAAUGUAUAACCUCAAUGUUAUUUUUACUGCUAAAGGAUGCAUUCUGUGUGCAGGGUUACCUCUCCACAGAUGUGACCUAUAACUUGCCCUGGGUGUCUCCAUGAUACAAAACAAUAGCAUCUCCACAGAACAGAUGGUGAACCCUCCAUCAGAAAAGUUAUAUAAUUCACCUUUAAAUCAAGUGCAAGGAUUUUAGGAUAGUUGCACCUCUACUGCAUGGUAUUUUGUCAGUUUGGCUUGUUAUCUGGACAUUUCCUUUUCAUUUCUGUGCUACCUCGCUGGCUCGUUCUACACACACUACAGCACACACACCAACAGCCUAAUCAGAAACACUCGUGCACUUGUCUUACGUGCACUCCUCUCUCACCAGCAGUUCUUUGCCAAUGAUGCACUUGCGUUUUCUCUGCUACAUCCUAAUUUUCAUAUUUUUUUGUAUUUUAUUUUCAAUAUUUGUGAUAAUAAUCUCUGGUAUUAGUAUGUAACUCAUGCAAUCAUCCGUCACGUUUGUAAAAUUUAUGGAAAUGCACAUAUUUUGCUCAGCUCAGUUGUACCUUGGUGUGCCUAGAACCCACAGCCUUAUUUUGGGACAAUAUCAGGGGUCACACAGUAGGGGGCGACCUGUUGUUAUACUACUGUUGUGAAGAGAGUCAUAUUACAUUUCAGUUGCUGUUUGCUCCUCUUCAGAUCCAUACAUUUGUUAGAUGCUUCAGCUUUUGUAUGGGUGUCGCAGUAGUUUGUGCAUGGCAGGUCAUGUGCUGUAUAGGCUUACUAAUGUUAAUGAAAGGAUGUAUUACUAUAUAGAAAUUUAAACAUCAUUAUGAAUUUUGGUAUUUUGUAGUUUUGACAGUAUUUAUCCAGUGUUUAUAUUUUGUAAAAGAACUCAGAAUUCAAAUGGAAAGUGGGUAUAUUUACCAGUGAAGAUCGGAUAACAAUAAUCAGUUAACCCAAUAAUUAGAUCAAAUUUUUGGUGUGUUUACAUGCACAAGUUGCCUGGUCACUGGUGAAUUUCCUCAUUUUCAGAUGGGAGCGAUUGACUGACUGGUGGAAUAGCCAAUCAGGGCCAUACAUGGUAAAAAAAAAAAAAAAAAGAAAGAAAAAAAAUCUCACUGGGGGCUGAAAACCAUUGCCUAUUUCCGUAGAAUCAGUGAGAGAAGCACUACAUUCUGUUACCCGGAAGUGAGAGAGAUUUGAUUUGAUUUGUUAAUGAUAUUUGACAAGCUUACACACGUCACUGAACAAAAAAUAAAUUUAAAAAAGAUCAUAAUUGGCUGGGAUUUAGACACAACAGAAGGUGUGGGGACCAGACUGAUAUCAAUCUGUAUUUUAAAAAAAAUACAGAGAUAUCAUUCUGGAUUUAAGAGAAAUCUGAAACAACAUCUGUCAGUUACAAGCAUUUUUAGAGAGACUAUUAUAUAAUUAAUUUUAAAAUAAUUCUUUCAAUGUGUUACAUUUUCUAUUUCAGUUUUGUCUGCCACAUUAGUUUGGCCUUUUUGCAUAAUGUAGGGGUGACCAGUCAGAAAGAAAUCACAUAUCAGAUUACACAUCAGGUUUAACUGUUUUUACAUGAAAUUUCCAUAUACUGAUAACUCCGGAAAUCAGAUAAUGAUCAGAUAUUUGGUGUGCAUGUGAACACACCCUGUCUCAGAUCAGAUUUAGAAAAAAAAACAAAAAAAAAAAAAACUAAGUUGCAGCAGCUGUGGCCUCCUGAAUCUCAAACUACUGCUCAGAAAUAUUCAAAAAAUGUCAAAAAAUAUUCAAAGCUUAGUUGAGUCCCAAGAUAAGACCCCUCCCUUACACCACCAUGCAGUACAAAAGCUAUAAAUCAUUAUAUACCGUUGCCAUGGCGUCGCUGUUGAUGAAGUAAAGUAUUAGCAGCUCCAUACACACCAAUAGUGUUAAAGUGUAUCUUAUAAGUUUGUGCGUGCUUAGGUCCGCCGCCUGUCUGUCGCUCUGUCUUUAGCUCUUCUGUUGAUUCAUUGUUUGUUGAUUACAUUGUAUGUAUGUAGUAAGAUACUAAUGUUCUGGGAAAUCACAAAUAAACAGCUGUACAUAAUGACGCAAACAUA